AUGGACUUUCAAAAAACGAAGGAGGCCCGGCGAGAUACGCCGAGCAAGAAGGAAGAAAACUCCGAAUGCCCCCUGGAAGCCUAUGGAGGCAGUGGUCAUGCGAAGGACUCGCCCAAGAAUGACUCUUUGGACCACCAUCGCGAUGCGAAGAGCACUCCGGACUCCGCGAAUAUGCACCAGCGACGCCAGCCGGGUAAAUAUACCUACCACGACGGUGUCGCCCCAACAUUCCCUUCGCCUAUCCAGGUGGCAACCCGGGUUCUGGCGCCUUCUGCACGGGCAAUGCACAUCCCCCCUGCCCUGCCACUCAGCUUGGAACAACAUCAACGGUUACUAGCUGCUAAAAGGUACCCGCCAGUGACCAAGAGCACGCUGAGUGAACUGGACUUACCUUGUAUUAUGAGCAACAUCAACCUCCGGAUGGACGCCAACUUUGACCGUGAUCUACACUUCAAACCUGACCUGCAGGGAGAAAAGGGCGAACGGAAACGAAAGGAGGCCCACGACUACUGGGAGGCUAUGGCUGAUGAGAUCACUAUAUACGCAUUCGUCUCGGAUAAUCUAUCGCGGACCUUUGAGCCGCGGCUACCAGCCAUGUUCGAGACCUUGCAAGACGUCCUGAAAUCGCUUGUCCCUGAGCGUGACCAUCCGGCUGUGGUACAAAACCUUGAGGUAACACUCCUGAUGCAGCAAAUCCAGAAGGGUGUACUUGACAUGGUGGGCGUGGCAAGCUGGCUAGCGGCCCUGCUCAAAACGCACUGCGCUCCUAUGCGCGAUGAAUGGGCGGAUAAGAUGGUCAAGCAGAUACGGUCAGGGUCAGAGUCGCAAAACUCGCACCAAAUCGUCGAAGGGCUCAAAACGCUGUUCGCAAUCUUGGAAGCGAUGAAACUGGAUGUUGCCAAUCACCAAAUCCGUGCAUUCCGCGUAUUGCUCAUCGAAGACACCGUUCCGUUCCUACAAGAGUAUUUUCGAGGCAAGAUCGAGAGGGACAAUUUUUGUGUGGAGACAUCGCGACGGUGGUAUUUGGACCUCCGCGACCGCGAGUUGCGCCGCAUGUCGAAGCCUGCACAGAUGGACGGGUUCUGGCCUAUCUCCCUCUUGUUUGGUGGUAUCACCGACUUUCUUCUGCAGUACCGGCGACCGGACAAGUUCCCCGAAACGUUCGUUUUCGAUUCGGACCGGCUGCGGCAGCUGCGGUCUUGUCUUCAAAAGCUGAUCAACCUCGAUAUCUGUUGGUUCAUCUUCGAGUCGUACAUCAACGCACAGAAACGGUAUCUUUCGGCGCCCGCGCAGACAUACGCUACCUUUCGCACCCGUAUUGGAUCGUUAAUGGAAGAGAACGAGGACUAUCCUCGAGGGGAUGCUCGGUGGCUGAAAAGUGUGCGAAGCAUUGCGCUGGAGAUUGCGAGAUUCGCAUGCGCCGCAUGCUUUCAGGACGGAUCGGUCUCGGAUGAUGUCAUUGUGCAAAUCGAAAUGGCACUGGAAUGCCACCUCUCGAGCCCAUCCAACUUGUUCCAGUAUUUUCAGAGCUCUCUUCGCGAGAAGCUGCUAGCGGCAACGUUUACGACGGCGAAGAAGUACAUGAGCAUGUCGCCCUUGGCCAUCUGCGAAUCGCAGCGCAACUAUCCGCCCUCGUCACUGACACAGCAGCACUAUGAUAUCGAGCGGAUCGCCAUGCGCCUUGCACACAUGGGCGUGCUACACUGGAACGUCUGGGCGCCGAUUCUAUACAUGCGCGAGAGUGUGUCACCGGUUGACGUGGCGAACAACGCGAGAACGGUCACUGACGUGGCGCGCUCGUCCACCCUGUGA